UCUCGUAAAUACUGAUUUGCUGGAAUGUUUUCCAUAUCCUGGUCAAACUUGUCAGUUUGAGUGCAAGUCGGGUUUUAAAUUAAUGGCGAACACUACCCUCAGUUGUAAUUCCUCGGGUCAGUGGAGCCCAGAUACUGAUCGUGUGUGUACAGAAAUAUUAUGUCUGUCUUCCAUUCAUCAUGCCAGAUUAGCUCUCAAUUGUAGUAGAAAGGUUGCUGAAACAUGUGAUUUCUCCUGCGAAACUAACUACGACCGCGUUACUCCGGACUAUAUCACCUGUAAUUCUAGUGGAGAUUGGAACAAAGAUACUAGCAAUUUAUGUCUCCCAUUGACAAAUGUAUCGACACACAUACCUGAUUCAGAGAUCGGCAGAUUUUUGUAUGUGUACAUUGGAAUAGGAUUUGGAGUCCUGGUGGCUUUGGUAGUGUUCAUUGUUGCGUGUCGAAUUAUUCAUCUUCGUAAAAAAACAAAACCCACAGGGCUUCAGUACGAAAGCUAGGUCAUGUCCGAGAGAAAUCACUAUUCUACGUUUAUGAACGGAGAAUAUCAAAUGGACAGACCGAGCUCAGGAGAAUACAACACCAUCGCCGAACUGAUGGAACAUGAAGACGCAAAGGCAGAAAAAGCAAUUAGAGACGACAAUGAUCAUUACAUAAGUCCCUGUGCAGACACAGCACAAGGCACAUAUAUACAAAUGACAGACCCAUAUGUGAAGCCUUCAUAAAGACUAAAUGGAUAAGCUACAAUA